GCUUCAGUUCUGACAUUCGCAUAUCUGACAGAUGCUCGUUGGGGCAGAGGUAUGUGGGGCACGUAAACAAGAAAUUGGGGCCGAGGAGCAGACUCCAUUCCAACCACAGUAGAUUAGCCAAAGAAUCGGACGGAUAGGUCAGCAGCAGGAUGCUCCGGCCAUUCUUUACGCUGCUCUACUUCCUGCUGACCAGUUCGUCCAUUGUUUUCACGGCCUGCGUCAACAAUGUUACGGGUACCAGUUCGCCAGGACCAGGGCCGAGCACUUCGCUGACCAGCGGGCACAUCCACCGCACCGCAGCGGCCAUCGAGCGGGUGAACCGAUUGUGGUGCUAUGCUUGCCACACGAUGAACGACGGGGAGGCGUGUGUGGAUGUGGCAGUUCGCAAUGACACGGCUCUGAUGAAGAAGUGCCACGGCGAGGAGUUUAUAUGCAUGGUCAAGCGCUUUUCGUACACCACCAGCACCGAGAACUCCACCAGUUCGCCCAAGAUGUGGUCCCUGGACCGUCGCUGUGCCGCCAACUGUGAGCCCGGCUGUAUUAUCAUUGGCGAAAGGACCAAACUAUAUGCCUGUACAUCCUGCUGCGAGGAGUCCUUCUGCAAUACGGGACGAGGGGCUGCCUCGGGCAUCUUCCAUCGGGAGGAUACGGGUAUCGGAACACGACUCUUUUGGCUGGCUGCCCCCUUUCUGGUCAACAUGUCCUUGGUCCUGUACAAACGGCAUGCCGGCCAUGUACUCCUCAAGCUGCAAUAGUCCCCCAGGACUCACAACACUGAAUUUAUGGGCACUCAAGCUCCCGAAGAGGCUCACAUCAAUGCCAAACUCAAUGCCAAAUCCUAGUUAAUUUUAGAUCUAACGUAUAUCUUCUGUAAUGUAGAUAGAAGGAUGUUACCGUGUGAUAAUAAAAACUGGUCUCGUCUUUUCUGAGAGCUCACACUCGA